AUGGAUUCACAACGACGCCAGCAGCCGCUUGGCGGUAGCAGACAGGCGCAGCAUAUCCAACAGUACCAACACCCCGACUACCAACAGCAGCAGCGGGAGGAGGAGAAGUAUCGCCAGGAGCAGUUGGAGGAGGAGGAGGAGGAAGAGCGGGAGGCGCUGCCUGAAGAUGGCCGGCCGGUCUCAUCUGAUGCGCCGUCACCGCAAGCAGCAGACUCGAGCGACGAUGACGGGCUCGACGAGGCCUACGCCGACUCAACGAGCGAAGGGGAGAUGAUGGGCGACGAUACAAAGACGCUGUCGACAUACAUCACUAGGUAUCGCUAUGAGAACGGCCGGCGAUACCACUCGUACCGCGAUGGAGCCUACUGGGGACCGAACGACGAGACCGCAAACGACCAGCAGGACCUCGCGCACCACAUGUACCUCUUGACCCUGGACGGCAAGCUGCAUCUUGCGCCCAUCUCCAACCCCCAGGAAAUCUUAGACGUUGGCACUGGCACCGGAAUAUGGGCCAUAGAUACAGCGGACGAGUACCCGAGCGCAAAGGUCACUGGCGUCGACCUGUCGCCCAUCCAGCCCAGCUUUCUCCCUCCAAACUGCUCAUUUGAAGUAGAUGAUGUCACCCUCUGCCCCUGGACAUACCCCCAGGACCAGUUUGACUUCAUACAUGUACGGGAAAUGUUCGGCUGCAUCCCGGACUGGGAUGAGUUCUUCCAACAAUGCUACCAGUGCCUCAAACCCGGCGGAUACAUCGAGGUGGUCGAACAUUCCGUGGAGCCAACCUCGGACGACGGCUCGGUCGGGCCUUCGCACUUCUACACCCUGUGGGGGAAGACCGUCGUCGAAGCCGGCGCCUCAUUUGGCAAGUCGUUUACCAUCUGGAAGGAGAGCAAGGAGCGUCUUAAGCGAGCUGGCUUCGUCGACGUUGUCGAGAUAGAAUACAAGUGGCCCAUGAACGGAUGGAGUAGAGACCCAAAACUACGGGAACUUGGCCGGUGGAACCAGGUGCGACUACACGGUGGCGUGGAAGGGUACAUGCUCCGGCUCCUGACCACUGCGCUACGAUGGCCGUACGAGGAAGCACAGUACUUCCUUGCCCAGAUGCGUGCCCCUCUGCGGGACUAUAAGACAAACGCAUAUCUACCGGGAACAAUAGUGUAUGCCCGAAAACCGACAGACGAGUCGUGA